GCGGGUUUUUAUUAUCUAUCGAUAUGUAGGAUUUAAAUAUAUAUCGAUAUAACACACUAUCGAUAAAUUUAUUUAACUCGUGCCCCACUCUAGUAUCUAUUAUCUAGCACACUAAACCAUGACACUCGCACACACAUGUUGAAUUCCAAGAUCAUCAGUCGUAAAUACACGUCAGGUAUUGUCAUAAAUACUGAGUGGUGUUAUUAAAGAGACAGAAAAAAGAUUAAUUUAUUUUUUUUUUCUUUCAUUACUUCAAGUUGUGAGAGAGAUAUAAAAGCUUACAAUUAAAUACAUUGUGUGGUAAUGUCAAAAGUUUUUGUCUAACCAUUUCGAAUGACACAAGUUUUAUUUUUUGAAUUAAUUUAACUAUGAUAGUAAAAAAGAUAUAAUGGGUAAUUAGUCUAAAGUUUUAAUUUUCCAUGGAUUUUAUUAAUUUCAUACGUGCCAAAAAAAAAAUAAUGAUUUCGGAGUGAGUGCUCUUGAUGAUAUCAACGGCCUCCAGCAAGGUGAAGAAGAUGGUGUACAGAACGUGAGUUCAUCGUUUAUUUUGGGGUUUAAAGUACGAUAAGCAUUCACGUGAUGGUUAAGUCGAUAAUUUUCAAUGAAUCAUGAGUUUUUUAAGAUUUCGAUAAUAAAUGUAAUAUGUAUAUAUAUAAAUGUAUGGAAGUAAAAAAUAUGAUAAAUAUAAAUAUUUAUGGUCAUUUAGUGACCUUGGUUGUUAUGAUGGUUGCAUAAUGUAAUAUUUUGAAUGAUUCCUCUGCAGGCUUGUGGUUAGAUAAAAUAAUUUUUUGAUGUACAAAAUAAACAACAACAAAUAAAUAACGAUGCCACACGUUACAAGAAAAUGGGAAUUAUUCCCAGGACGAAAUAAAUUCUGCUGUGAUGGUAGAGUCAUGAUGGCACCACAAACUGGUGUAUUUUACUUAACUUUGUGCCUCAUUAAUUUAACGAGUGCUGUAUUUUUUAUUUUUGAUUGUCCAUACUUGGCGCUCCACAUAACUCCAGCAAUUCCAGUGAUAGGUGGAUUACUUUUUAUGUUUGUAAUGUCAGCAUUAUUACGAACAAGUUUUAGUGACCCUGGGGUUAUACCUAGAGCGACUCCUGAUGAGGCUGCAUAUAUUGAAAAACAAAUAGAAGUUCCUAACAAUGGUAACUCACCAACGUAUCGACCGCCUCCACGUACAAAAGAAAUCUUGGUGAAGGGCCAGCCAGUUAAAUUAAAAUAUUGUUUUACUUGUAAAAUAUUUCGACCUCCAAGAGCGUCUCAUUGUAGUCUAUGUGACAACUGUGUUGAGGGAUUUGAUCAUCAUUGUCCGUGGGUUGGCAAUUGUGUAGGUCGAAGAAAUUAUAGAUAUUUUUAUGCAUUCAUUGUAUCCUUAGCCUUCCUAUGUGUUUUCCUUUUUGCUUGUGCAACAACACAUCUCAUUAUGCUUACGAGAGAUGAUAGACCAUUUUUAGAUGCUAUAAAAAAUUCACCAGGAAGUCUUUUCGUUGGUACUAUUUGCUUUUUUUCCGUUUGGAGUAUUUUAGGUCUUGCUGGAUUUCAUACUUACCUUACAAGCAGCAAUCAAACAACAAACGAAGACAUAAAAGGCUCAUUUUCAAGUAAAAGAGAACAAGAAAGUUUUAAUCCAUAUAGUCAUGGAAAUAUUUGUGGUAAUUGUUUUUAUGUUCUCUGUGGACCAGCUCCACCAAGCCUUAUCGAUCGACGAGGAAUUGUCACGCCCGGAUACAGAGCUGAACGUGAACGAACUGGUGAUGAUUAUGUAAUUGCCAAUAAUAAAGCUUAUGGUACAGUUAAAAUUAUGCAGCCACAAGCUAAUGGUCACAAUAUUCCAUCACAUGUAGAUAAUGAUUUGACUGGUUCAAUGAAUAAUCUUGUCUCAGGUCAACGUUCACCGCGGAUUGAAUCAUUAAACGGUGAGUUAACACUUAUGAACCAGCUACCACGUUGUCCCGUUGAAUUACCCAAGUAUCGUCAGUACACAAAUGAAGUAUACAUUCAAAAAUAUUCAACGCCGCGACGUUGUGCUCAAGAUCGCGUACAACCUGGUGAUGCUUAUGCUGCCGAAAUUGAACGUCUUAAUGCAGAAGUUCAAAAAUUUAAUUAUAAAUGUGAGGAAACUUUACAGAGAUAUCCACAAAGAUGCCGUGAAGAGUAUCAACGUUGUUCUGAAAAUAAUUUAAUACACAAUCAACAACAGUAUACUGUUGAACAAAAAUACGCGAUUGAUCUUAAAAAAUAUCCACGUGGAUACUCGGAAGAUUAUUUAAAAUAUGGUGGUAUUGGUGAUGAUGAUGAUGAUGAUAAUUACAGAAAAUCAAUUGAUUUACAAAAAUUUCCUCAACGUUAUUCUGAAGACCCAUCACGACAAUAUCACUCACCACAAACUUUUAAAUACAAUAAUCUUAGAUGUAAUCAACAUGGCUUUAAAUAUCCAAUUACUACGAAUAUUUUACCUAAUAGAAUAUUAGGCUCUGGUAAUAUUCCUAUGAUUGGUCAAAAUGCAAUCGGUCUAGUAGUUAAUAGAUUUGGUUCAGCACCUUUAAAUUAUGAUAUGGCCUUUAUGGAUAAUAAUUCUAUUUGCCCAGGGGAAAGGGCCGAGGAUAAUUUAAUGAAUCGUCAUUUUAUUGUCAGCCCCCUAAAUGAUAAUGAUUGACAAUGAUUACUCGCUACUCCUCGGCAUAUUAGCACUCACGCCCCUCGUUUCUCAUCGAGGAAUUGCAUUUUUCAUAACACCAAUGACAUUAAAUAAGUUAUUACACUUAUUAAAAAGAAAACAUUUACAUACAUAUUUAUAUGAUAUGUAUAACGUUUUAAGAGAUUAAUAUAUUCAAAAACUUCCAAGAGAUUUAAAAAAGUUACAUAUUUAAACUAAAUAUAAUAGCUAUUAUUUUAACAAUAGUAUCUUUAUAGAUAAACAUACAUGCAAAUUUUUAAUGCUAUAUAAAUCAAUAAAACGUGUUUCUUUGUUUAUAAUUACGACCUAUUAUCGAGGGCUCAAGUCCGUGAUUUUGGUAAGUCCAUCAUACCACUUGCAUAUUCGUGCACAAUCAAUUUAAAAAAAAAAUUUUGUUCAUUUUUUCUAAUCCAUUGGGAAAAAUAGUUUGUUUUUAUUUUUGUUUUGUUAAUUUUUUUUUUUACUUGGCAUUAACAUUAAACCGACAGCAUUUUUUUUAUCACCUUUAUAAUCAAUAUUUUCCCUGAGAGCACCAUGUAUUGAUAAGCUUGUUUUGGAUUGUGACUAAUUCACGAGGAUUUUGGUUUGAAUUUUUUAUAUUUAUUUAAAUAUUUGUAAAUAUAUUUUGGGAGAAUGAGGUAAAUUUUUUUACCCAUUUGUCACAUUUUUAUAAAAACAUAAAACGUAUGCGGCUUUUUAAUUUUAUUUUUAAAAAGCCAAGUUAUUCCUAGAUCCUUUAUAACAAUUAUUUAUUAAUUUAAUUUAUCAAUUAUUAUUGUUAUUUUUUUUUUGUUUCUAAUAUUUAUAAAUGAUAAAAUGUAAAUAAUAAUAUGG